UGGCUCGCUCACACAGAAACAAGGGCAAGUCUUUCAACUGCAAAACACAAAAAGGCAAAUAAAACAGGAAUUAAAAGAUCAGCUUCAGUCCACCGAGUGCUGCUCAUGAUAUUAUAUGUUAUGGCUUCCUCGGUGACACAAGCAUAUGAGAGAAAAUCCUUUAUAUGUGCCAUUACUUCUCUUAUUCUUUUAGUGGGAUUGCUGAUAUUUGUUGUCACACAUCUAUCACUCAGCUGGCAGAGUUCUACUCAGCAUCUGACAUUUUAUCAUAGCACCAGCACGUUUGAUGACUGCAGAUCCGAAGUUACAGUUUUAAAUGACAAUUCCAUGAUGCAAAAAUGGGAAUUCUGCCAUAAAAACUUCAGUCAAGCCUGGAAAAAUGCAGAGCAACACCACAGAAAACUCAAACACAAGUACCUAGAGAAAGACCAUUCAUCUGCUUUAUACAUGUACACAAAAUCUUUGUUGCAACCUGUGAACCAGAACUUCAAGUCUGCAAAUGGAACUGGAAAACUAAAGGAGAUGCUUGAGUCUCACUCACUUUUUUCUUUCCUAAGUAAAGCUAUUCAGAUUUUAAAGCACAGUCAGGUGACAUGUCUUAGUACAAUUUUUCAAUCAGAGUCACAUUUACAUCUGAACAUCUCUAACAAACAGGUUCGAUUCAGCACCUUCAUCUUAGGUUCUGAUGAGUGGAACUUCACAAGGAACAUUUCGUGUUUUGAGGUACAUUCGUGCUUUGGUGCUGACAUAACGUAUUACUCUGCCCUGAAACAAAAUAACCAGGUGCUCAUUCCCCCUUAUGAGAUUUUCAAAGUCACUGAUGUGCAGACAGAAACAAAGGAAUGCAGAAUCAUCUACAGACUCAGGAGCAAUCUGAACUGUGUUUAUAACAAAGAGAGCAAUAUGUUGCAUCCAAUAUCUGUUUUGCCACUAGAAGGAUUUUGGGUCAUUUUUACCAUUACUUGUAUUAUUAUUAUUUCUCUUUUGCUGCCCUUUGUUUUUGUGAGGGUGUAUCAUAAGAACAAUGCAGUUUCCAUGGUUUCAUUUUCACCUAAGACACACAGACAUUGUGGGCCAUAUUAG